AUGACAACCUCCAACGAUCAUCGUAAAGUGACAAAACGAUCCUCAAACGCAUAUCUCUCCGACCUCCGCGCAAAGGUAGCCAGGUUAGAGCAAAACCAAGGCAAUGCGUCAAUAGCAUCUCGGGUGCAAACGACGGCAGAUGAUACAACGGCGCAGGAAGAGGAUAUAGACGCACUAGAACCGGACCAUGACCGACAACAAGUCAAUCCAUCUAGCAUUGGGGGUACGAGAGAAAAUUCGCCGGGGCAUAGACCUGAGCCUGACGAAUCGAACUUAAUCAACCCACUUAUUGAGUCCUUCAAAUUCUGGUCGUCUUCUGGACGAACUUUCUAUCUUGGUACCUCCUCGAACUGGUCAUUCCAUGGACAGAUACUCAAUUUAGUGCACGAGCAUACUCGAAAAUCACCUCUUCCGAGUGCCGAUUUGUUGUUUGACGGCUCAGCAUAUGAUUUACCCUGGGAUGGUACUCGCAGCCUUCCAGAUUCCACUUCUCCGGUUAUUCCCAGUAUCGACUACGCCAUUUUCUUGAUCAAUGCUGUGAAAUUCCAUUGCGCUCAGCUUGUACAUCUUUUCGACGAGGAUGAAUUCAUGGCGAACAUGCACGCGUUCUAUUCGAACUCUGAGACUGGCGCAUGGAAAGAGAAGACGUUCCUCCCAUGGGAUCUUGACGCACUCUUUGUAUCGACUAUGGUCCUCAUCCUAACCCGUUUUGUUGACUUCAGCUUGAUGGACAACCAAACAGGUCAUUUGGAUAAAGCCUACGGCUUUAUGGAAACUAUAGUAUCUAGUGGCAACCGAAUCGCGGCAUUUAGAAAUGUGGAGCUCCACAAACUUGAAGAAAUGUUAGCGGAGUACUUCGAAAACAGGGAACAGCCACCUACUGCGUCACCAAACACGAUCGGCUCGGGUCCAAGCAUGCAGCGCCCACUCUCCUUUCCUGAAGGAUAUCAAUCUACAGCUGGGUUACUGAAUUCAGAGGACACGCUGCCACCUCCCUAUACAGGGAUUCUGGCUGUGGCUGAGUCUAUGGAAAUUGAGGGAACGGAUUGGCUAUCGUUCGCGACUUUAGAUAACUACCAGAUCCUUGAUUCGAGUAUACAAUGA